AUCGCGACAGGUUUGUCUGAUCUUCCAGGAUGUGAGUGCUAGACUGGUUAUUUCACUGGCAAGCAUUUACUCCUAUUUAAGCUCGUAUCACGGAUGACGGGCGAAUAACGGAUCGCUGCUGCCUUCUGAAAAUCUCGGCAUCUUCAUCACCAUCACUAUCAGCAUCAUCACCGACAAACAUUACACGACACCAACUCCGGCGCGUUUAGAACGUUCGGGCGUUUGUUUACAUUCUGCCUUCGGAGAAUCCGUUUACAUUGCUCUCUCUUGGAAUGCCUUUGUGACGUCAUGGAGGUAGACGUUCUGUUUGGAGUUUUAAAAUGAACACCUGUUAUGUUUCAAAUGGCAUGCACUUUGCGCAAAAAGAAGAAGAGAGGCGACGUUUUAAAUUCAUGCGGACAUAGCCUUCUGAAGCCUUCUAAUCUCCGGCAGCGCAACUAAAGCCGUUUAGGGAUCCAUUUAGUGAUAAGCCCGAGUGCUGCUGUCUGUCUGCAUCAGGAGAGAACAUGGAUGGUGAGGAAUUUGCAAUGACGAGAGCGAUGAUGAUGAUGAUGAUGGGUGCGCUCGUAUGACUGCUCUGCUUCCGUGGAAACUAAAAGACACUAUCAUCCAGCGCGUUUUUCACUAGUUUUGUGGAUUUUCGGGGAAAAACUUAUCCGUAUCUCUGCGCAAACAUGGGCAAAGACGAAUGCAAGACCAUGUUAGACGCGCUUAACAAAGUCACAGCUUGCUACAGGCAUCUGGUCAUCGCUUUGGGGAGCACAUCUGAUUCCCAAAACCUCCGAGAGGAACUUAAAAAGACCCGAAACAAAGCCCAGGAGCUGGCUGUGGCCAACAGGACUAAGCUCACGGCUCUUCUGAAGGACAAAAACAUCAGCAAAGAUGAUCGAGCCGAAUACGAGCGCCUCUGGGUGCUCUUCACCAGCAGCGUGGAGCUCCUGGAGGUGGACAUGAAACGGUCCUUGGAGAUCGGACAGGAUUUUCCUCUCAAAGUGCCGACGAGACACCUCAUCCAGACGGGAAUGACAGGCAGCACCACCACCGUCGCAGCCCGAGCCAUGAGCGUCCAAAACAUGAAGUACGAAGCCGACGCGAACAUCGACACGGUGGACCUCAAAGAGCUGGAGACCGAGAUCGCUCAGGUGGACCAGAUGAUGGAGGAGAUGGAGAUGAAGGUCCAGGUGGCGCCGUGGGCAGUCGAGGCAAAGCAAGAGGCAGGAGCCGAGUUGAAAUCCACCGUCAGCGUUGGGAAUUCAUCGGUUGGUGUCAUCUCCAUCUGCGAGGAGGAACCCAAAGAAACGGUGGAAGGAGAAACUGGGCUGAUGAAAGUAUUUGCAGGGAUCAUUUUCACUGGUGUUUUGCUCAUAGCUGGAAUUCUGGGGUACCUGGUGGUUAAUCUAUAAUGGAUGAAGAUUGUCUAUCUGGAUGACAGUGGCUCAGGGCUUUAGAUUUUCUUAUGCCGGAAGCAACACGGUUGGCCUGUGAAAUUGUGGGGGUAAUUUAUGAUGCUCUUGCUGUGGAAAUAAGCAGGUCACCUCGAUGGGUAUUAGUAAAAUGCAUCAGUGUUUACUUUAAAGGGAAUAGCCAAAAUGAAUAAAAACACUUCUGGUGGUCCAUCAUGACUGGUUCCUCAACCCAUGAAUGUAAAAACUGGACAGAUCACAAUCAAAAGUGGGUUUGUCUCAUAAAAGCUUUUAUUUGAGCAAAUGUGAAUCCUAAAUUAAUUGUAACUGUUACUAUCUGGCAGUUUCACCACUUUGCAAAUACCUACAACCUGAAGAUUACAACUUUUGUGACCCUCUGUUAGAGCAUCAGAGGGCUGUGCAUAUCAAACAGGUAUUUGUUUCACAGUUUAUAUAGGUAGGUGACAUAUUUAAGGUUGCUCAUCGUGUUUCUGCAGGAUUCACACCAGGAUAUUCUUGUUAGUCCUUCUGCAAGCUGUUGGUUUCUGUUUCUGAAGAUGGCCCAUCUUUGACUGCUUGUGCUCUUAGGUGUGUUCUGCAAAACAGUCUGUUAUAGUUUAUAUGAAUUGUACUCAAGUUAAAUUAGUGUAUAUACAAUAUAUUUAUUAUAAUAAAUGAAGUAAAUGAUGCUUGUGUUUUGUUUGGGUUUUUAGGCUGUUCUCUUAAGCAAGCACCUAAUGUUGAAUAUGGGUGGUGUCAUAUUCCACACUGCCUUCUGGUAUCUUUUCUUUAACCUUAUUUAAGCAUGUAGACUGAUCUGGCUGGUGUCUCAGAGGCACUUUAGAAAACCAUAUUAGUGCUGAUUUAUCUUACGCAACCAGAGCUUGAGUGAAGUUUAUUUAGUCAUUGUUAUUUUUAAAUUCUGAUCCCCUUAGUUUAUUUUUUAGACUUCAGGAUUAAGUUGGCAGAUAAUUCUUGCUCAACUAAUUAAAAAGGUGUUUAUAGAAGAAUUCAAAAUCCAAUUUACUUGCGUAGUCUUACAGGGUAGCCUCGGCACAGACCAUACGUUGUAUUUUUGACUUUAAUGUGAUUAGCUGUUAGUCCUCUUUAAACCAAAGGAAGGUUUGUACUGCACACUGCACAAUGCAUCCUUUACUGCCUAAUGCUAAUAUUGUGUGUUUUCUGUUCAUAAAAUUAUUCCUCAUGAAAAUUAAAUUACGUCUGUUAAGUGCAUGAAAAAUGUUUGUCUAAAACUUUUCCACUCACAGUCUGUUAAUUUCAUCAUCAGCAUCUCCUUCUACAGUAUAAUCAGCUUUUACCCAAGUUUGAUUGAUUAAUUAGUCUCCCGCCGUGCCGUGUGACUCAGGAACCCAUAAUAAUUGGAACAACUGCUUGUUAAGUGGCGCCCUAGAAUGGAGCGUCAGGUAAGAAAAUCGAUGCCAUUUAAAGGCCGAGGCAGGUAUCAAACAUUCAUUAGGAAAGGCUGAGAGAGAACUGAAACUGCAGCAAUGCAUGUAAACAUAUGGUAUAUACCGAAUAAACAAUGAUUUCUU